CAUCCUCCCUUCAAAUGCUCCCAGGCAAGCUCAGCUUCAAGAUACAGCAAUGUUUUUGAUGUAAUUGGGAUUUUCUGUUAUUCUACAUUUGGGACCUUCAGGUUAAUGACAUCACCCUGAAGUGAGAAGAAUGAGCCGUGUGGAGGGUCUGAGGGCCAACUCGUCUCAGUUCACUCUGGAGGGAGAGCCCUUCCGCAUCCUGGGGGGCUCCAUCCAUUACUUUCGUGUCCCCAGAGCCUACUGGGAGGACCGGCUGCUGAAGAUGAAGGCCUGUGGCCUCAAUACUCUCACCACAUAUGUGCCAUGGAAUCUGCAUGAGCCUGAGAGAGGAAUAUUUAACUUCCAGGAUCAGUUGGACCUUAAAGCCUAUGUCAGUUUAGCAGCAGAGAUGGGUCUGUGGGUGAUCCUGCGUCCUGGACCUUACAUCUGCGCUGAAUGGGACUUGGGCGGGUUGCCUAGCUGGCUGUUACAAGAUAAAGGCAUGCAGUUGAGGACAACUUAUCCUGGAUUUGUAGAUGCCGUCAACCUCUACUUUGACAAGCUUGUCUCUGUUAUCAAACCUCUGAUGUUUGAAGAGGGAGGCCCAAUCAUUGCAGUUCAAGUGGAGAACGAGUAUGGAUCAUAUGCCAAAGAUGAGAGAUACAUGCCAUUUAUACAGAAUUGUCUCCAGUCCAGAGGGAUCAAGGAGCUCUUGCUGACUUCAGACAACUGGGAGGGCUUGAGAUAUGCAGGGAUGGAGGGAGUUCUAAAGACAAUAAACCUUCAGAGGCUGUCGUUCGGAGCUAUCCAGCACUUAGCUAACAUGCAGCCUGAGAAACCUCUAAUGGUGAUGGAGUACUGGUCUGGGUGGUUUGACGUCUGGGGAGAACAUCACCAUGUGUUCCAUGCGGAGGAUAUGCUAGCUGUUGUGUCAGAGAUCCUGGAGAGAGGUGUCUCCAUUAAUCUGUACAUGUUUCAUGGGGGAACCAGCUUUGGCUUCAUGAAUGGAGCGAUGGACCUUGGCACCUACAAACCUCAAGUCACCAGUUAUGAUUACGAUGCUCCGCUAUCUGAGGCUGGAGAUUGCACCCCAAAAUAUCAACUCUUGAGGAAUUUAUUCAGCCAGUACCAUGCUGAGCCUCUUCCUGAAGUGCCCUCUCCUCAGGAGAGGAGAGCAUACGACCCUGUUACCAUCCAGCAGCACCUGUCACUGUGGGACAGCCUGCACUUCACCGACAAGCCGUACAGGUCAGAGAGGCCGGUGAACAUGGAGGAUCUCCCUGUCAACACUAACGCUGGUCAGUCGUAUGGAUACACACUGUAUGAAACCACCAUCAACAGUGGAGGAACCCUCAACUCCAGGAACAACAUCAGAGAUAGAGCACUGAUUUUCGUGGACAGACAAUGUGUUGGUUGUUUGGACUACAAGACUCAGGAGCUGGCACUCCCUCAUGGACAGGGAGAGAUGACCUUGAGCUUGCUUGUGGAGAACUGUGGAAGAGUGAAUUAUGGGAAAGCUCUGGAUGAACAGCGUAAAGGUAUUGUGGGAGACAUUCUGUUGAAUCACACCCCUCUGAGAGGAUUUACCAUCUUCUGUUUGGAUAUGAAGCCAGGCUUCAUGAAAAGAUUAAUGAGUUCAGGUCAGUGGAAGUCUGACUUCAAGUCGCCCUCCACUCCAGGAUUUUUCCAGGCCAGACUGUAUGUGGAUGGUCCCCCCAGAGACACCUUCAUCAGACUCCCUGGUUGGGGUAAAGGAGCCGUGUUCAUCAAUGGACACAACCUUGGACGCCAUUGGUUCAUUGGUCCCCAGCUUUUCCUUUAUCUCCCAGGACCUUUGCUCAGAAGAGGAGAAAAUCAGAUUAUUGUUUUCGAGGAACAAAAAGCAGAUGACAAAAUACUGUUUGCUGAAAAUCCUGAUCAUGGAAGGACAAUUGAUGUUUACAAACUCCCCUUUUGCACACUGCUUUGAAAAUAACAUACAGCAUCAACACACGUUUAUGCACACACACAUAACUGUAUAUGCCAUACUGUCAUGACAUGAGAGCCACAAUAAAACACCAACAUCUCAUGUAAGUACAAUCACUUAAUUGUUACUAAUCAGUAACAACCGAAUAAAAAAACAGACUAUGGAGUAGCAGCAAAUCAUACUUAUUCUAACUGCAGGAGGAGAGGAGCUGAGUCAUAGUAAUGGAUCAUUUCACAUUUCAUUGGGGGCAACCGCCAAAAUGGAGCAAAAAAAGACAGCCAAAUUAUCACCAGCCGCUCAAUGACAUUUUUACCAGCUCAAACAAAAGAAAUAGUCCAAAUUAAAGCUGCGAGCAGCGAUGAACAGGCCCUCGCACCUGUCGCGUGUCGGGGAUACUGGCUGGAUGACGAUUUACGCGGCCAGGCACGAUGAAACCGGAACUUUGAUGACGCCUGCCACAAGACUCUAUGACAAACGGUUCAUGAGUUAUGAAAGGGGGCGUGGCCAAUAUCUUAGGGCGGGGCUAUGAGUCUAUAUUGACAUGUAAAUGUCCUCAGGACUGGACCC